AUGGAGUGUUCAGAUAUAAUAAGUGAAAUUUUAAAAAUAGGAAUUCAUAACUACUCUUUCGAACAUAAACUUCAAUUAAAAACGAAAAAACCAACACCACGUUUAAGUUUGGAAACGGUUGAUGGGAAAACAAUACGAAAAUUUCAAAUAUCAUGGUACACAAAAUAUGCGUGGUUAGCUGGAAGUAAAAAUCUAGGUAAAUUAUUUUGUUAUUAUUGUUUACUGUUUCGGGGAGAAAAAACAUGGGGAAGUGAUGGUAUUUCAGUUAUGAAAAAUUUUGAUCGUAAAGCAUCAAAACAUGCAAUAAGUAAAACACAUUUAACUUCCCAAGAACAAUUUAUGUUACUUGGGGCAAAUCGGAUUGAACAUGCACUGUCGGAAGGACGUCGUUUGGCUGCAAUUAAACAUAAUGAAAAUGUCGGUGUUAAUCGUCGAAUAUUACGUUUAAUACAUGUUAUUUGUUUUUUGGGAAAGCAAGAAAUAGCUUUUCGUGGUCAUAACGAAGAUAGUUCUUCUAUAAAUAAAGGAAAUUAUUUAGAACUUUUAGAUUUACUUUCUCGAGAAGAACAACUUCUCAGAGAACAUUUUAUGUCGAAUUCAGUUUUUAAAGGAACAUCAAGCGAUAUUCAAAACGAUUUAAUUUCCUGUAUUACUAGUGUGUUAAAAACUAAAAUUUCAAACGAAUUACAAAAAGCAAAUUUUAUUUCUAUUCAAGCUGAUGAAACAACAGAUGUAUCGUGUAAAUCUCAAAUGAGCAUUAUAUUUAGAUAUGUAGUCGAUAACAAAAUUGAAGAGAGGUUUAUAGGAUUUUUCGAUGUAUCAAAAGAUAAAUCUGCCUUUGGCCUAUCUGAAAUUUUAUUAACAGAAAUAAAAAAUUGGAAUAUAGGUGAUAAACUAGUGUGUCAAACAUAUGACGGAGCAGCUGUUAUGGCAGGGCAAAAGAAUGGAGUUCAAGCUAUUAUUAAACAGUCGUAUCCAAAAGCAAUGUUCAUACAUGGUUAUGCUCACCAACUUAACCUAGUGUUUCUACACGGAUCAAAAUCGAUAAAAUCUGUGAAAAUAUUUAUAAGUGAUUUGACUAUGUUUCAUACAUUUUUUAGUAGAUCGCCAAAAAGAAGUCAGCUUUUAAGGGAAAAAGGGUUUAAACUUCCUCAAAGUUGUGAAACGAGGUGGAAUUAUCACUCCAGAGCUGCUGCAACUAUUACUACCCAUUUUAUAGAAUUGAAAAAAGCGAUAACUUGUGUUACAGACGAAGACGACUGGGAUCCAAUAACUAUAAAUAUGGCAUAUGACAAUUUACUAGAUGUAUAUCAAGAACUUUCAAAAUUAUUACAAUUAGUAUUAUGCAUCCCUGUAACAACUUCUUCUAGUGAGAGGAAUAUGAGUGCUUUGAAACGUAUUAAAACGUUUUUAAGAAAUUCUAUGAACAAUGACCGAUUGUCAAAUUUGUCAUCACUGGCCAUUGAAAAACAAAUGUUGAACGAGUUAUCCACAGAUCCUACAUUUAUUGAUGAAUUAGUGCUAUGA